GAUGAACAGCCUCCCCUUUGGAGACCCUUCCCUGGAGGGCUUGGACCCUUCGCUGACACUCAACGAAUCCAGCGAGAUUGACACGGCUCUCUUGAGUGACAUUGACGACAUGCUCCAAUUGAUCAACACAGAAGACACCGAUUUUCCCGGUCUGUUUGACGCACCGUUCGGCGGGAAUGCCGCUCCCGAUCCCAACCCGCACGGGCCCAGUUUGUUCGGCAGCUACCUGGAGACGGGCAACCCGUCUCCCUCCAGCCUCUUCCAGAUCCCAUCUCCGUCCCAAGCGAGCUUCCCGACUCUGCUGUCAGGCAGUCCCGACAUGGGUUCGAACCCCAUGGAUGUCAAGGAUGAGUCUGCGGCCGUCCAGCAGCCGCCAACCCAGAUGCCGCCGGCCAGGGGCGCGGCGCCGAGUUUUGUUCCGGUGCCACGGGCCCAGUUUUCGCCCCAGCCGUUGAUGGGCUUCCCAAACCAGAGCAGUAUUCCUGCUUCCCAGCCAGGAGGGCCUCCUCCACCCCUGUCAAGCCCACCAGUCACAUCCCAUCAGCCCCUGCCGGUGACGUUGCAGGCUCCAGUCCAUAGCAUCAUGGCUCAGCCGUUUCUGGCGCCCAGCACCCCCCAGGCCAUCUCAUCUCAGAUCCAACAACUGCCGGUUUUUCUACAGCCCCACUUCAUCAAAGCCGACUCCCUGCUUCUGACAGCGGUCAAGGCGGAUGUCUCCGGGGUCAAGACUUCGGGAAUCACGACUCUGGCUACCACAACAGCAGUGCAGUCCACGCCGCUGCAGAUGCCGACGCUGGUGAGCGGGAGUACCAUCCUGGCAACUGUGCCGCUGAUGAUGGACACAGACAAGCUGCCCAUUAACCGCCUGACCGCCGGGAAGCCUCUGGUCAACCCGAACAAAGGCGAGAAACGCACGGCGCAUAACGCCAUCGAGAAACGCUAUCGCUCGUCCAUCAACGAUAAGAUCACCGAGCUGAAGGACCUGGUGAUGGGCACAGAUGCCAAGAUGAACAAGUCGGCCAUUUUGCGGAAGGCGAUCGACCACAUCCGCUUCCUGAAGCAGGCCAACCAGAAGCUGAAAGCGGAGAACAUGGCCCUCAAAACGGCCGCCCAGAAGAACAAGUCCCUGAAGGACCUGGUAGCCACGUGUGGCAGGAACGCGGAAGACGCCGCAGAAGGGGUGAAGAUGAUGGACGCGCUGACGCCGCCCCCGUCAGACGCCGGCUCCCCCUUGCACAGCAGCUCCCUUUCGCUCAGCGGGGCGAGCGGAAGCGACUCGGAGCCCGACAGCCCGUUCUGCGAAGAGGCCAAGGUAAAGCUAGAGGCUCAGACGCUCUCCCCUGGAAGUCUGGGGAUGCUGGACCGGUCCCGCAUGGCCCUGUGUGCGUUUGUCUUCCUCUGCCUCUCUUUCAACCCUCUGUCUUCCAUCCUGGGAGGGUCCAGCUCCGCCGGCCCCUCGGAGAUCGCCAGUCCCAGUGGCCCUGGGCGAAGCAUGAAGGCCGAGCCCGAGCCGAGAGAUGCUCCCGUUGCGUGGUCCCAGUGGCUUCUCCCCACCUUGGUCUUCUGGCUGAUCAACGCCACAGUGGUUCUCGGCGCCUUCAUCCGGCUCUUCAUUUACGGCGAGCCCGUCACGAGACCGCAUUCCGAGUCCUCUGUUCUUUUCUGGAGGCACCGCAAGCAGGCAGACCUGGAUUUGGCACGGGGGGAUUUUGCCCAGGCCUCCCAGAAUUUAUGGACAGCACUCAAGGCCUUGGGCCGCCCACUCCCCACCUCCAACCUGGACCUGACCUGCAGCCUACUGUGGAACCUGAUCCGGCACGUGCUCCAGCGGCUCUGGGUGGGGCGUUGGCUGGCAGGCCGAGCCGGCGGCUUCUUCCGCGACCGCGAGCUCAAAGCCGACGUGCGCAAGAGCGCCUGUGACGCGGCGCUAGUCUACCACCGCUUGCAUCAGCUGCACAUGACAGGGAAGCACGUGGCCGGCCACCUGUCAGCUAUCAACAUGGCCCUGAGCGCCGUCAACCUGGCCGAGUGCGCGGGGGGCGCCAUGUCCGUGGCGACGCUGGCUGAGGUCUACGUGGCGGCUGCGCUGCGGGUGAAGACCAGUCUCCAUCGCUGCUGCCACUUCCUGGCGCGAUUCUUCCUCAGCAGUGCCCGCCAGGUGUUGCUGUCCCACAACGGGACCGUACCCCCCGCCCUCCAGUGGCUGUGCCACCCCGUGGGCCACCGUUUCUUUGUGGAUGGUGACUGGGCUGUGAAGAGCUCCCCGCGAGAGAGCAUCUACAGCUCCACCAGCAAUCCAGUCGACCCCCUAGCUCAAGUGACCCAGGUUUUCCGGGAGCACCUGCUGGAAAAGGCCCUGUCUUGUGUGUCCAGAUUGGAGGGUCAGCUGCCUGUCAGUCAUGGCGAGGGGGAAUUUUCCGAUGCCCUCGAGUACCUGAACUUCCUCAACAGCUGUGCAGACGCCGUUCCUGGCCCGGCUCCCUCCCUCAGCACCAAUAUGGAUGCCACCACAGGCACCGACCCCGUGGCUAACUGGUGGUCCUCCGUCGUUACCAUGGUGAUCCAUGGGUUGCAGGGGGACGAGGAAGCGGUGGAGCGGCUGUACCCACUCGUGGAAUCCAUGCCCAAAGUCCUGCAGGCGUCCGAGAACCCGCUUCCGCGUGCUGCACUCCACACUUUCAAGGCCGCGCGGGGCUUGCUGGGCAAACUGGACUGCAGCCUGGGCCAGUGUGACAAAGCCAGCGACUACCUGCGGGACAGCUUGGGGGGGAACACGGCCACAAGCACCAUUGACAGGGCCAUGCAGUUUCUCCUGUGCGACCUCCUUCUCAUUAUCCGCACGAGGCUCUGGCAGCAGCAGAUGCAGGCGACUCAGCCCCACGGAACCCCUUACCAAGCUUCUGCCCUCGAACUGCGGGGCUUCCAAGGGGACCUCAGUAGCCUCCGGCGCCUGGCCCAGGCUGACCGACCCGCUAUGCACAGGGUUUUUCUGCACGAAGCCACGGCCCGGCUAAUGGCCCGAGCCAGCCCCACACGGACCCACCAGCUGCUGGACCGGAGUUUGCGCCGGAGGGGGGCCUCCAGCAACAAGGGAGCCAGCGAACAAGAGAACCACCCGACGGCGCGGGAGCAAGCCGAGGCCCUUCUGCUGGCCUGCUCUUACCUGCCGCCCGCAUUCCUCUUGGGGCCAGGUCAGCGGAUGGGCAUGUUGGCCGAAGCUGCUCGUUCGCUGGAGAAGCUGGGUGACAAACGGACACUCCACGAGUGCCAACAGAUGAUCAUGAAGCUUGGCAGCGGCUCCACUGUCACCUCCAGCUAAAGAGGCCGUGCAGAGGAUGGAGCGAGGGGCAAC